AUGACUCCGAGACAACGAGAGUUGUAUGACCAAGUCAAGAAUGCGAGUGGAUCGCUCUUUUUGAAUGAGAUUCAGAUUGGCGACUCUGAAGCACUGGCGAUUGCUGAAGCACUCAAAGCGAACGAGACGAUGACUGAGCUCUAUCUGGUACAGAAUAACAUUGGCAAUGCUGGAGCGAGGGCGAUGGCUGAAGCACUCAAAGUGAACACGACAAUUACUACGCUCUUUAUGGGUGGGAAUCGGAUUGGCCAAGCAGGAGCGCAGGCGAUUGCGGAAGCACUCCAAGUGAACACGACCCUGACUGCACUCGGGUUGGGCGCGAAUGAGAUUGGCGAUGCUGGCGCGCAAGCGAUUGCUGAGGCACUAACGGAAAACAAAACUCUGAGAGACCUCAAUUUGCGUGAUAAUCAGAUCGGGUAUUAUGAGGAAGCCGUUUUACGUCGGAGUGCUCAUCCAUCAUGCACAAUAUUCAUGCCCGAACAACGACGAUGCGACUCCGUUCGAUGCCAAGAAGUUCGUGUGGUGUUACUGGGCGAUCCUGCUGUCGGGAAGACAUCUCUUGUUCAUGGCAUUGCUCAGCAUGAACGCAAUUCAGUGGUCAAAUUUUUCGCGGGCAGCAAGACGAUCAAGACCACCUCAACCGACGGAAUCGACAUUUCCUCUGUAAUUCUUCGCGACCAAAAGGAGCCCAUGAUUCUCAACAUUUGGGACUUUGCUGGUCAAGAGCUGUACCUCGCUUCGCACCAGUUCUUCCUUGGCGAACGUACCAUAUACUUGGUUCUAUUCGACGUUUGCGAAACCAUUUCUCGCAAUUCGCGUCUGGCUUUCUGGCUACGCAGCUUGCUUUCUCGAGUUCCCAACGCCGAUGUCAUUCUUGUCGGCACUCACAUUGAUGACCAAUCCUACACUCCGCAGCGACAACAGGAGCAGCAAGGGAAUCUAGAAGAACUGCUUUGUUUCUUCAAGAACACGCACACCACUUUCAACAUUCGCUCGACUGUUUACAUUAACGCGAGGACUGCUGCAGGUGCCCCGACCAUGCCGGAGCUCAAAACAGCAGUGACCCAGUCCGGGCGAGCCAUGCCAUUCUAUAAUUCGUAUGUCGACGGGCGCUAUCUGCAGUUUCGAGAUCAGCUGCGCGAUCUAGCAAAACAGAUGGAAGCUGACAAGAAGCCGCCGCUCUUGCGCUGGAGUGACGUUGUCGAUCUCGGCGAGAAGCAUUGCCGGCUUUCUCGGAUCGGAGUUGACGAGUUCAUGCAACGCCUGCGUUAUCAAGGGUGGGUGGUUUUUCAUCGGACGGAGCAGGUUGAUCCUGCCUCUGUUUCCAAAACUCUAGUGCAGAUGCCCGCCAAUGAUCAAGAUCUCGUCAUUAUAAAUCCACAGUGGUUUACCACGACCGUGUUGACUGGCGUGAUCACUCAGAGGCACAAAUGGGUCAAGAAGGGCAUUCUGGCUCGCGCUGAUCUGCUUGCACACGUUUGGAGGAACUUGGAUCCGGCUGUGUGUGAUCAGCUCCUCGUUCUACUUCAACGAUACGAACUCCUGUAUCCGCUCGCUGACGCUGGAACAACCGAAGCCCGCUACCUUGUGCCUUCUUUUCUGCCUGGUGGACAGCCCGAGAGCAGUGCAUGGUCCGCCAAUCCUCACAAGGACGAGCCACAUGAGGCUACACUCGUGAUGCGGACAGCCUUCAUGCCCACUGGUUUCUUCUCGCGAGUUAUUGCCCGGCUGCACCACCUCGAGUUCAACAUGACCCCCUGGCGAGAUUGUGUGCUCGUCAGCAGAAACCAGCAUCGAGCUCUCAUUCAG